AUGUUGAAACUUCUUUCCGUCUUCGCUGUACUUGCUGUUCUCGCUUUUGCUAAACCAAAUCCGGAGGAGAUGAAAGCUGAAAUGACUGCAGCUGGUGUUUCUGCUGCGGGAGUUUCAACUAUUUCCACUUUCAUGGAAAGUCACAAACCGCAGAGAGGAGGUAACCGUGAAGCUGGAAAAGCUGAAUUUGAUGCUAUGCUUGCGACUCUCACAGAGGCGGAUCGUGCUGCUUUCCAGAAAAUGAUGCAAAGCAAGCACCCGAAAGGAGGAAGAGGAAAACAGUAA